AUUUCAUAAUAGCUAUUUUUACAACAGAGGUCCCAAGAUUUCUUUUGCUUUGUCACAGAGAGAAACAAAUUUUGUGAAAAUGUUUCAGUUUGGAAGGAUGUUCCCCGAGAUGCCCAAUGGGCGAAACUUUGGUGAGACUUACCGCUGCUACUCUGUCACCAUGUUGGGUGAUCGGGAAGAUGUGGAAAGAGGUGGCAAAAUCAUAAUGCCCCCAUCUGCUUUGGACAAGCUGACGCGACUCCACAUCCAGUAUCCAAUGUUGUUCAAGCUGACAAACAAGAAAAUGAAGAGAGAGACGCACUGUGGUGUGCUGGAGUUUGUGGCAGACGAGGGCAGGAUCUACAUACCAUACUGGAUGAUGAAGAACCUGCUGCUACAGGAGGGAGACUUGGUUCAGGUGGACAAUGUGUCACUGCCUAUCGCCACAUUUGCCAAGUUCCAGCCUCAGCACACAGACUUUCUGGACAUCUCAAACCCCAAGGCUGUCCUGGAAAAUGCCUUAAGGAGUUUUGCCUGCCUGACAGUGGAAGAUCUCAUUGAAUUCAAAUACAAUGACAAGAUAUAUGAGAUGCGAGUACUUGAAUCAAAGCCUGGCCGUGCAGUGUCCAUCAUAGAAUGUGAUAUGAAUGUGGACUUUGCUGCCCCGCUCGGAUACAAGGAGCCUGAAAGGCAGAAGCCCAGGGACACAGAGCAGGAACAAGACAUGGAGCAUGAGGAUGAGGCUGAUGACGCAUUCAAGAUAUUCCAGGGCAAAGGGAACCGGCUAGAUGGGAAGAACAAGGGGCUAGAGUGUAUGGAAACUCAGUCAAGCAACGGUCCUCCUAAACGUGGUAUUCCCAACUACGGCUACAAAAAGAACACAAUCACAUUCAUCAGAAAUUCUAGAAAGGCAGAAAAUGGAGCUCAGUCACCAGAGGACAAAAUGUUUGAAGCAUUCUCCGGGGACGGACAGAGCUUACGUAAAGUGAAGACAAAGGGGCGAAGGUAGUGUGAACAUGUUUUGGGACUACACACAGUGAGAACAUUUUCCCGGACUUCACAUGGACACACAUCUUCACACUGCUGUUAUGUUGCUUGUGUUGGUCAUAGAGUGUGCUAAACUGAAGCUGAUAGAUUAAGUUGGUUCUCUUUGGGUAAGCAAUGACAUUUUUUGAAAGUAAUACUUUAUGAAAGUGUUAUGGGUUUUUAUGGCUUUAUGCUGAGGUUUGUCUAAAUAAAUAUAGGAUACAAAACAGAAAGAAAUGAAAUGUCUUCAAGUGUAAAAGUAAAAGACUUUGAAGUUUGAUAUUAAGCAUAAUUGACCCAUAAUUGACCCGAGAUUUGUAUGGAUUUGUUUUUAAGGUCAAUGUAUAAGAUUUUGGUAUCUUAGGCAUUUUAUGAAGACUGAUAUAACUUAAAGUACCUUAAUUUAAUAAAUGCAACAAUAACACUUCAGCCUAAUUUGUUAACUGAUGAUUGUUGUAUUUGUUGAAGCCGUGUCUGUUUAUUUUGUUACAUCAUGUCCAUGGCUUUACCCGGAACUUGACUCCUGUCCUUGUAUAAAUGUUCUCCAGCAAGUGUCUUGAUGUAUACGUCAUUAUUUUGUUAGAUUAUUUAUUCAUCACUUUAAAAAUAAUAAAAAUCUGAAAAUGUA